UUGUGCGGCCCGGCUGUGGCAGGCGCUGAAAUUCAAAUCUGAAGGGCGGUUGUCUUCGUUGCAGAAGAGGAAGAAGGUGUCUCUCGCCUUUGGAGGACGCGGCUGGCAGCCAUGGACCCCUUCACUGAGAAACUUUUAGAGCGAACCCGUGCAAGGAGAGAAAAUUUACAGAAGAAAAUGGCAGGACGGCCAACAGCUGGAUUGCGAACUACAACACAAACAAAGAGGAGCAGAGAACCAUUAUCAGAAGCUGGUAACCAGCCACUGCAGCAUAGCGAAGAAGAAAAACCAAGUACGAAGCCAUCACCUUCCAAAAGACGUUGUUCGGACAAUGUGGAGGUUCCAGUUUCUAAUUCAGAGAAUACAUGCCCAAUUAACCCUUCUUCUAUAAAUGAUGUUCCUCCUGAAGGGAUUCCUACCCCUCAGGUUGUUGUAUCACCCAUCAAAACUGAAGAACAGGACCCUAAAUCUGGAUUAGCUUCUGUUACUUCAGUUAAAACACGUAUGCAAAAGCUGGCUGAACAACGACGCUGCUGGGAUAGUGAUUUGCCUGAAAGUUCUUGCAGCUCGCCUAUCCAAUCAAAAGAAUUUGUUGCUUCCCCACCCAGACAACUCCCUCUUACAGCGGAUACCCCAAUAGGGCGAAGAGGCCGUCUAGCUAACCUUGCUGCUACAAUUGGCUCCUGGGAAAAUGACCUAAGUCAUCCAUCUGCAAAGCAAAACAAUACACAAGAACAGCCUGGUACUACUUGUUUAUCCAAAUUGUCCACUACAAGUGGAGCAUCUGCUAGAAUCAAUAGUGGCAGUGUAAAGCAGGAUGCAGCAUCCUGUUCGCAAAAGGCUGUUGAGUCAUCUGUGAAUAAGUCAGCAAUCUCUGGAAUAUUGGGACCUAGUAGUUCUGGAACAAAAAAAUCAGGAGUAACUAACAGUAAUUCUAAAGAAACUGAGCAAUCCAAACUGCUGUCUCAAGAAAAAGCUAUUAAGCCUUCACUGAAACCAGCAUUGUCUCAACAACCUCUUGCCAAAAACGAGCGAUUUAAAGGAACACAAGUACAACUUGAUUACAAGGAUAAGCCAACCACACCAGGAGGAUCAGGCAUUAAGCCUUUUCUAGAACGUUUUGGAGAGCGGUGCCAGGAGCAUACUACACAAAGUCCUGUCAUCGUUGGAGGACACAGAACUCCCAUUAUUACUCCAAACACAAAGACAAUCCAAGAAAGACUCUUCAGACAGAAUGAAGUAUCCUCAACUGCCAGUCUAGCACAUCAACUUAAACAGGAACGUGAACGAGAACUUGCAUGCAUUAGAGGGCGGUUUGAUAGGGGCAGCUUGUGGAGUGCUGAACGAGAUGAGAACUUGAAGAAGAAAAGUCAAGAAACAAAACAGGAGAUUCAAUUUCAAGCUAAUUCAAAGCAUAUCCCCAGUUCAGGCGAUAGUUCCCAGUUAGCAGCAGAAAAAGCCACGAGACUUGAGACAGUAGCAGAAACCAUAUCUUCAGGUACUUCAGAUUAUGAAAAGACAGAAGAACACACUCCUCUGAGAAUUUUCUCACCAAAGACUCCUAUAAAAGCAGUUUCUAACUCAAAGCUUGAACAGCUUUCUGAACAACAAAAAGAUUAUAAUGUGGAAACAGAUUGUGAAAAGACUGAAGAACACAGUUCAUUGAACAUCUUCUCACCAAAGACCUCUGCAGACAGUGUGUCUAAUUCAAAUCUUGAGCAAUCUCCUGCCAAACGCAAAGGUGAAGAACACGAAACUGAGGUGAAUGACGAGAUGAAUAGUUCAAAGGUGAUAAAUGACAUCUUUGAUGAAGUUCUUCAAGAAGGUGGGCCUGACAUAGAGAAACUUAAAAAAGAAAUGAGUAUUAACUUAGAAGGUGAUAGUGAAGAAGAAGCAGAAGAGACUUUGAACAUUUCAUCAAUGUCACUCUUAACACCCUUAACAGAGUCUGUUGCUGUUGUAAGUCCAGAGGUUUUUGCUUCCCCUAAUAAAUCAGUUGGUGAAGGAAGCAAUGCAAGUGAUGACAGCCCAAAGUCCAGCAAAUUUCAGAGAAUGUCUGUCUGCAGAACUGAAUCGGGAAGCAGCAUUAGCUCCUUGUCAGAGGAGCGCAGUCUUCUGUAUAGCAUUGAUGCCUAUCGGUCUCAGCGGUUUAAAGGAACUGAUCGUCCUUCAAUAAAGCAAGUAAUUGUCCGCAGAGAAGAUGUUUCUUCCAGACUUGAGGAGAGAAAGAAUGGAAGUUCUGACCAAAUUAACAUUAAAAGCAAAUUGCAGGAGCUGAAUAAUGAAAUAAAUCUGCAACAAACUGUCAUACAUCAAGCGAGUCAGGCUCUGAACUGUUGUGUUGACGAGGAACAUGGAAAGGGCUCACAAGAAGAAGCUGAAGCCGAGAGGCUACUUCUCAUUGCAACUGAAAAAAGAGUAGCAUUGUUGGAAGAGCUGAACAAACUGAAAAAUGGAGGACUUCAGAAGAAGAAGAUUAAAGCUGAUUCUCUGCCUACUGGAGUUUCCCCAACCAAAGGAUCUGUUACUCUGUCAGAAAUGCGUCUGCCUCUGAAAGCUGACUUUGUAUGCAGUACUGUGACAAAAUCAGAUACUGCAAACUACUACUACAUAAUCAUGUUGAAAGCAGGAACAGAAAACAUGGUUGCUACACCACUUGCAAGUACUGCAAAUUCCUUGAGUGGAGAUGCUCUUACUUUUCCAACAACAUUCACAUUGCAAGAUGUGUCCAGUGACUUUGAGAUAAAUAUUGAAGUUUAUAGCUUGGUUCAGAAGAAAGAAUCCACAGGCACAGAUAAAAAGAAGAAAACGGCUAAGUCGAAGGCUAUUACACCAAAGAGAUUACUGACAUCCAUUACUAAUAAGAGUAACCUUCUUACUCCAGCUAUGGCCAGCCCAGGUGGACCAAAUGCCGUGCGCACUAGUAACUUUGUUCUUGUUGGCUCAUGCACAAUUUCAUUGUCUUCAGUAGGAAAUACCAAAUUCCAGUUGGACAAGGUUCCUUUUCUUUCUCCUCUAGAAGGCCAUAUAUAUCUGAAGAUCAAAUGUCAAAUAGAUUCUUGUGUGGAGGAGAGAGGCUUUUUGACAAUGUUUGAAGAUGUCAGUGGAUUUGGGGCUUGGCAUCGGCGUUGGUGUGCUCUUUCUGGAAACUGUAUCUCUUACUGGACCUACCCAGAUGAUGAAAAGAGAAAGCAUCCAUUGGGCUCAAUAAACCUAGCAAACUGCACUAAUCGUCAGAUUGAACCCGCCAAUAGAGAGUUCUGUGCUCGGCCCAAUACUUUUGAGCUAAUUACUGUCCGGCCUCAGAGAGAAGAUGACAAGGAAACACUAGUCAGCCAAUGCAAAGACACACUGUGUGUUACCAAGAACUGGUUAUCUGCUGAUACUAAAGAUGAACGCAAUCUGUGGAUGCAAAAACUCAACCAAGUUCUUGUUGACCUUCGCAUGUGGCAGCCUGAUGCUUGCUAUGUCCCCAUUGGAAAGCCCUGAAUCACAGAGGAAAUUUCCUGUAAGAGCUUGCUUACAAUAUCAGAUGCAAACCAUGUUGCUCUUUUAAUACAUCUGGAUGGGAUGUAUCUUGUAUUGGACUCUUUGCUGCCUUUAAAGCUCUAACUCUAGCACUGGGGUUAUGGUAGAUAGCUACUUUUAAGCACUUUCACUGUGCUAAAUAUUUUAUAUAUACUUUUUUUUUGAAAUAUGUAGUUCUGUUCACUAUUAAAGUAAAAGUUUCUAUUAUUUAUCCAAGCUUGCUUUAUUUCAAGGAUCAAAAGAUUCCGCACAAGGGGAAAAGAACAAUCUAGGGAGCUUCAUCAGUAAAUGUUUUUCCUUAAAAAGGUGCCUCAAAUUCAGUUCAGUUCAAUUCUAUUGGGGAGUUGACACAAGAACGUUCAUUUUUUAUAUGUAAUAGGAUUUUGAAAAAUAUAAUUAAUGGUGUUUUUUUUUAAAAAAAUCACCUUUGGGUAUUCAGUCCUUUGGGAGUUUAGUACUUGGUGCUUGCAAAAAGUACCAGUUUAGGAUUAGAACUUCAUAUAAUAGGAACAGAUCCCAUUAAUGAAAAUAAAAUACAAGUUGGUGCAUGAUUUUGCACAGUUUGGUUUACAUGCAAUACAUUGCACAUUUCCUAAAAAAACCAAGCAUCUGGAAUGCUUUAAGCUGCUUAAAGAACAACACUUUAUCAUUCUUUUCUUCUCCAAGCCAUAUAAUCUCUGUUUCAUAGUUCAAAUGUAAGCAUUUCUAGUCAUUAGAAAGCUGUAUGGGUUUGUUUUUAUACAGACUCUAUAGAGCUGCUAUACAAAAGUAAUACUUCAUAUAGACUGUAUGUUUUUAUAACUAAAUCUGUUAAUACAAAUAAUUUCACUUGAUCAGUAAAACAUCAUGGCUACUCAGGUAAACUGCACAUAGGUAGUUUUCAGAAAUGCUUUCCACUGGGUACCACAAUGCGCUGUGCUGCUACUGCUGCAUAUAUUUAAAAAUAUUAGUUGCAGGGCACCUUUACUAAAUUACUAUGGCUUUAAAGAGUUUAAAACACUAAUUUUGUCUACUGCCCCCCUUUCAUGUCAUCCUUUGUAUUAUCACUUUCAAUAUUUGCUUUUUCUGCUGUUUAAAAGGAAGAACAAGAUCUCAACAUAAUAAAAAUGUAUCAAAGGGAUUUCUGCCAAUGGGUGUGUUGUUUUGUAAUGCUUAAAAAGGGUGGGGUGGGUUGUAUCUAGAGCCAUAGGCUAGCAUAUAGCCGUUGUUCUCAAAAUAGUCACUGAUGUGACAAAUCCAUUUUUCUUUGUAUUUUGUACUAUACUUCCCCAGUGUGAUAUGCUGACUAAACUGCUAAAAUGAAUAAGAAAGCAAAUUGUUAAAGUACUUGUUUGUCAGGGUUUCUAAUCACAGCAGUUAAAUUGGAGGGCUGUAUUUAGAUUUUAAUGUUCAACACAUGAAUUAGUUCAGCUGUACACAUAAUACAACUCAGUGCCUUCACAAAGUCUAAAAUCUUUUCUCUAAUACUGGUUUAUUCUGUGGCCACCUGUAAGAACAAAGCAAUGCUUAUAAAUUAAUUGUGGGAAAGAUUGGUAAACAUGGCACUGGAAAUGUUUGGCUGUGGUCCUACAUUGUGACAUGUACAUGUAUCAUGUAGUUUAUGUCUCCCUGUGCUACCACAAAAAACCUCAGCUUGGAAGCAUCACAGCCCCCUCCCAGCCAUUUCUGUGAUGUCAGAAAGUGGGGAUGCAGUUGGAGGUGGAGGUGGUGUGGCAGGCAUCUGUAGAGACUGCCAUCAUUCUUGGGACAUCCUUGCUAAACUAUAUUUGACACCAUAUAAACGGUAGUGUAGUCAUACACCAAGAACAUGUAUGCCAUGAGUCGACCAUAGCCACUCUGCCCUUGCAGCGCUAUGCUUCUGUAUUGGCAGAGGUAAUAGCAACAGCAGCUUCAUUUAUAUACCGCUUCAUGACAACUACGCAGUCUCUAAGCGGUUUACAAUUGUAAGCUAAUUGCCCCGAACAAACUGGGUACCAAUUUAGCGACCUCGGAAGUAUGCAAGCCUGAGCCCUGGCUGGUAUUGAACUCACCACCUUAUGGUUUGUGAGUGAGUGGCUGCAGUAUAGGCAUUUAACUACUGCGCCACCAGGGACCAGUACUAUGGCAAUGGCAGGGGAGAGUGGACUGCCUGUCAUCCCAGCUGAAAUUCACUAGAGGGAAGAAGAGCUGUCCCACUAGUCAAUUCUCUCUCUUCUUCCUGCUGUACCAUAGUAGUGGCUCUUCAGCCAGUGGGGGUGGAGGUGAGGCACAAGGAGCUAGAAAAUAGCUCUUUGUGCCCCAUUCAGAAUAGGACAUAUACACCUGUAAAGCACACUUGAUGUCAUCAUUGGAAUUCUGGUCCUAAUUUCAUGUAACGUAAUUACUGGAAAUAUCAGUCAUCAAACUGGAGUACUCUUUCGGGUGUAUGGAUUUAAUUGGGAAAUGGCUCUUAAUGUAAUUGGGGAAGUAACUGAAUAUAUGCCUCUUGAAUAAAAGUGUUUUUGUAUGA